AUGACAGCUGACAAGGAGAAGAGAAGAGCGAUCAGCCGUGAGGCUGCUCGAAGGAGACGGCGAGUGGAGUCUGACGUGUUUGGGGAUUUGUCUCGCCUCCUGCCGCUGCAGCCCUCCGUCAGAGCUCACCUGGACAAGCCCUCCAUCAUUCGCCUGACCCUCAGCUACAUACGCAUGCACACACUGCUCAAAGAAAAUGAUGGGAUAAAUGGCGGGAGUAGGCACAUGAUAACAUAUCAGCAAGCGGUGGAAGGUGGAGAUGAACAGAGCGGCUGUGACGGAGCACGGGACGAAGAGGAGAAAGACACAGAGGAAUUCGAAGCCUCGCAGGAGACAAACAUGUACCUGGGGAUCUUGGAGGGAUUUGUCAUGGUCUUGUCCACUGAGGGAGACAUGAUCUUUCUGUCUGACAAUGUCAGCAAGUACAUGGGCCUGACUCAGACUGAGUUGAUGGGACACAACAUUUUUGAAUAUACUCAUCCCUGUGACCAUGAAGAAAUCAGAAGUAAUCUGCGUCUAACAGCAGAGGAGGUUUGGUACGGUGAGAAGAGGGACUUUGUCAUGAGGAUAAAAAGUGCUCUGACUCACAGAGGAAGAACCGCCAACCUCAAGUCGGCUACUUGGAAGGUUCUGCACUGUCAAGGCCGAGCAAAGGUGUGCGUGGACCCGUCUGCAGUUUCCUGUCUGCUCCUGACCUGUCGGCCUCUGCCUCUCUCACACACCCUGCUCAGCAGAUACACCUUCACCAGCCAGCACAGCAUGGACAUGAGGUUUACCUAUUGUGACCAGAGAGUGACUUCUCUUUUGGGCUACAGACCUGAGGAGCUGCUUGGCCGCUCCAUCUAUGAUCUCUGUCACGCACUGGACACAAGCUGUUUGAACAAAAAUCAUCUAAACCUGUGUCUGAAGAACCAGUCAGUCAGCGGUCAGUACAGGAUGCUGGUGAAAGGUGGAGGUUACGUCUGGGUGGAGAGUCACAGUGCUGUCAUCCCCAGCGUCCGACCCUCCAGGUCCAGACCUGGCAUCCCCCAGCCGCUCUGCAUCCUCAGCGUUACCUACGUCCUCAGUGGUGUGGAGCAGCCAUCUCUGCAGCUCUCCCUGGACCAGACUAUCCACAGA